AUAUGAAUUAAUUGACAUAACCUACAAAAAAGUUUUGAAAUGGCCCCGAAAAAACCAAAAAAUUUAGCGAGUGCUCCACCAAACACCGCUAAUGUAGAAAUUUCCCCGGAAGCGGCUCAACAAUUUGAAUUGGAAUUGUGUUGGUGUAUUCAACAAUUACAGUCCGGUUUGAGGUUAGGAAAACUUAACCCCAAACAAGUACAGGAUCAUACAAAAACAUUAAACACGUUGAUGAGUAAAACGGCCCCUUUGGUGAAGAAACGGCAAGUGAUGAGGAUGGCUUUUGGCGAUUAUAGGACAAAAAUGCUUGAGGAAGAUAAAAAGAAUGCCUCGGCGGUUGCUAAAGUAAAAGUUUCAAAAGUUGUUCCAAGUACUAAAUCGGUUUUUGUGAAAAAAUCAAAUUUAAAUUUUGUGCCAUCUAAUAAUACGUUUAGAUUUAAUUUUAAUAAC